CUCCCACCCCCCUGGCCUCCAUGCUGGCUCUCAAUCACGCCAAACUUAUGCCUGCCUCGGGGCCUUUGCACUUACUCUUUCCUCUGCUUGAAAUGCUGGAUCCAGGACAAUCACAUCUCUGGCUCCUGAUUCAAACUGGAAAAAAAAUCUUUUUUGUUCAGGCUAAAUAAUAAAACAAGCCUCAGGGCCAGUUUUGACCCAGUUUGUCUGAUCUAGAGCUUCCAAACGCAACAUGUUUUCUUUUCCUUGCAAAGCAUGCUUCCUGCUUGGUUUGGCCUCAUUUAUAUCGAUGGCUUUAAGACCUGGUCAUAGAGCACGUCAAGGAAGCAUGGAACACCGUGGGCACAUCUUGAGCAUCUUUCUGUCUCGAAUCUCUUUCUCUAGCACCAUCCCUCACAGAGCCUCCCGGAGGGAGUCUUCUUCUGUAAUAUGAACUGGAUCCCCCUGUCACCCCAUCCCACCCCUGAAGUCGGUCCCCCUAAGUUCCCUAGCCUGAGUUUUGAGGCCGUUCACAAGCUGACCUUCCUAGCUUCAAACCUCCCAACCUUUGUUUAUGGAUUUCCCUCUACUACGGAUACCAUUUCCCUCUUUUUGAGCCUAACGACCACAUAUACAGCCUUCAAAGCCCAGUUCAAAUAUCCCUUCGCCUGGGACACUUUCGCGGGCUGAAUUAAGUCAUUCCUUUAGGUCUGUCUGCUUCAUAUAGUCUUGCUGCACUGACACAGAGGAUUAGGAAGAGCUGCAGCAGAGCUGUUUCUCUUUUGACGCCGUGACCUUGUGAAGGUCGCGGAUCUUGUCUUAUUAAUCCUUGCCAUCCGAGUGUCCAGCCCAGCUCCAUGCACACAUUAGGCCCUCAGUAAAUACUUACACAAGAGAAUCUAUCUGCCGGUACCUAUCAGUUCACUGAUUCAAACUCUGGUGGCCCUGUGUAGCUCAGAAUGCAAAACACUUGGAACAACAGUUCUCCAGUUCCACCACCAGUUCUUGGCACGUGCUCAGUAAAUGCUUGAAUGAAUGGAUGAAGGCAUGCAGGAGUAGGUGAUGAAUACUGAGGACUUGUUGCUUGUGGUCUCACAUUAACUGUACCCUUUUGAAUGCUGCCUUGCUGGAGUCCAGUUAAUGACAGAGCUGGAGGAAUACGUAGCUGGAUUCUUGGUCUGCAGAACAUUGCCACCUGGUGAGGAAGAGCUGGGAGACACAUGUCUUGGCAACAUGCCUCAGAUCCAGAGACCAUGAGGCCUGUCCUUCCACCGGCCCCACCAGCAGAUAAAAGAGGAGGAGGGAAGAGACCUGCGGAGCCAUCCUCCAGAAGCCCUGGAGCUGCAGAGCACGGGCGCUUCUUUCAGGAAAGACGAGGUGACAGCGGUGGAAAGGUUGCUUCUGCUUCAGAGAGCGUUCAUCUUGUUGAAACACGGGUUCCCUUGCAGUAAACAGGCACGUGCCCGUGCUUUCUGUGUGCUGUUCUUUGUGACGGGGAGGUGACAGGCUCCCACCCCUGCGAUUGCAGAGGGAACCACUGUGGAGCUGACCCAGCACGGAAAACCAUCAGGGUGACCUUGAGCUGCAAAACUGCUGUCCACGUGGACUGGGGCUGACAUUGCACGUCCAUCUGCCAGGACCCCUGCGUCCAAACUCCGAGACAUGGCGACCAAUGGCAGCAAGGUGGCCGACGGGCAGAUCUCCACGGAGGUCAGCGAGGUCCCCGUGGCCAAUGACAAGCCCAAAACCCUGGUGGUCAAGGUGCAGAAAAAGGCGGCAGACCUUCCGGACCGGGACACGUGGAAGGGCCGCUUCGACUUCCUCAUGUCCUGUGUGGGCUACGCCAUCGGCCUGGGCAAUGUCUGGAGGUUCCCGUAUCUCUGCGGGAAAAACGGCGGUGGGGCCUUCCUGAUCCCCUACUUCCUGACGCUCAUCUUCGCGGGGGUCCCCCUCUUCCUGUUGGAGUGCUCCCUGGGCCAGUACACGUCCAUUGGGGGCCUGGGGGUGUGGAAGCUGGCCCCCAUGUUCAAGGGUGUGGGUCUUGCCGCUGCAGUGCUGUCCUUCUGGCUGAACAUCUACUACAUCGUCAUCAUCUCCUGGGCCAUCUACUACCUGUACAACUCCUUCACCACGACGCUGCCAUGGAAACAGUGUGGCAACUCCUGGAACACAGACCGCUGCUUCUCCAACUACAGUGCCAUCAACACCACCAACAUGACCAGCGCCGUGGUGGAGUUCUGGGAGCGCAACAUGCAUCAGAUGACAGACGGGCUGGAUAAGCCAGGUCAGAUCCGCUGGCCCCUGGCCAUCACCCUGGCCAUCGCCUGGAUCCUGGUGUAUUUCUGUAUCUGGAAGGGUGUUGGCUGGACUGGAAAGGUGGUCUACUUCUCCGCCACCUAUCCCUACAUCAUGCUGAUCAUCCUGUUCUUCCGUGGAGUGACGCUGCCCGGAGCCAAGGAGGGAAUCCUCUUUUACAUCACGCCCAACUUCCGCAAGCUGUCGGACUCCGAGGUGUGGCUGGAUGCGGCCACCCAGAUCUUCUUCUCCUACGGCCUGGGCCUGGGAUCCCUGAUCGCUCUCGGGAGCUACAACUCUUUCCACAACAACGUCUACAGGGACUCCAUCAUCGUUUGCUGCAUCAACUCUUGCACCAGCAUGUUCGCCGGAUUCGUGAUCUUCUCCAUUGUGGGCUUCAUGGCCCACGUCACCAAGAGGUCCAUUGCUGACGUGGCGGCCUCAGGCCCCGGCCUGGCGUUCCUGGCAUACCCGGAGGCCGUCACCCAGCUGCCCAUCUCUCCCCUCUGGGCCAUCCUCUUCUUCUCCAUGCUGCUCAUGCUGGGCAUUGACAGCCAGUUCUGCACGGUGGAGGGCUUCGUCACCGCGCUGGUGGACGAGUACCCCAGGCUGCUCCGCAACCGCCGGGAGCUGUUCAUCGCCGCUGUCUGCCUCGUCUCCUACCUCAUCGGCCUGUCCAACAUCACCCAGGGGGGCAUUUAUGUCUUCAAACUCUUCGAUUACUACUCCGCCAGCGGCAUGAGCCUGCUGUUCCUCGUGUUCUUUGAAUGUGUCUCCAUUUCCUGGUUUUAUGGCGUCAACCGGUUCUACGACAACAUCCAAGAGAUGGUCGGCUCCAGGCCCUGUAUCUGGUGGAAGCUCUGUUGGUCCUUCUUCACCCCCAUCAUUGUGGCGGGUGUGUUCAUCUUCAGUGCUGUGCAGAUGACGCCUCUCACCAUGGGGAGCUAUGUCUUCCCCAAGUGGGGCCAGGGCGUGGGCUGGCUCAUGGCCCUGUCUUCCAUGGUCCUCAUCCCCGGAUACAUGGCCUACAUGUUCCUCACCUUAAAGGGCUCCCUGAAGCAGCGGAUCCAGGUUAUGAUCCAGCCGAGUGAAGACUUUGUGCGCCCGGAGAACGGUCCGGAGCAGUCCCAGGCCAGCGGCUCAGCCCGCAAGGAGGCCUACAUCUAGGGGUGCGGGGCGGCUCGCCCACCCACGCUCUCACCCCCCCGCCCCGGCUGCACGUGACCACCACUUGAAGUCUGAAGAUACCGUCUAUCUCAACCUACCUCGAGUGGCGAGUCCAGACACCAUCACCAGGCAAAGAGAGGGAGGUGGGGACAGUCACACCCCCGGGGUUGAGGGGCUCCCGCCAUGGGAGGAGUAGAUGCUCGAGGGCUGGUGACCUUUAUAACCCGGCCUCCCCGCUCCCCCGUCAGCAUCGGCCACACGGCCGCUGUAGUAGAUCUUUUUUACUACCCCGCAGGCCAGGGAUACGUGGCGAGGCCGUGCGCUCCUGGCUUUUAGUUUUAAUUCCCGACUGUUCUCUUACUGCCGAAACCCACGACUGUUAUCUCCGGCUUGGCAGGAGUUGGGUUCUGCCGGGAAUGCUGCUCUGUGCGCGUGAGAAGGGUAUUUUCUGUAUAAUGGGCAUUUCCAGGGAGAGCUCACCUUUAAUAAGAGCAGGGAGCCAGCACUUGCGUGUUGUUUUUCUCCUUCCGAGGCAGCUUGACAGCCCCCCGUCCACCCCCGCAGGUCCAUCAGUAUUCCCAGAGCUGUCUUCUGAAGCAGUCGAUCCAGUAACCUGUUUCCCUUCCACCUAACUGAACGGGCAUCUCUGCACUAAAUUUCCUACUUCCCCCCUCACCCCCCAACCCACCCCGCUCCACACUCCUCUCCAGGCCAUUCUGAGGGCGCGUGGCCGGACAAACCCCCUGCUCCUCGGAAAAUUGCUGCGAAGCACAAUUGAUUUUUUUAACCACCAUUGGUGGUGGAGGGGCUCUGAUCCUGCCGAGGAAGUUCCCUAACCAGGAGCCCUUUUCUUAGGCCAGCCUGCUUUGCAGAGCACAGAACCGUCCAUGGGAAAUGAAGGUGAGGCCCUGUGCUGGACUGCAAAGUGGAUCCAGUGGUCUGAACUGUCUCCUCCUUGAACCGUCUUACCCCUUUACAGCCACCCCAGUCACGCCUGUGGCCCUCUCCCCUCCUCUGAGAUUCCCCAGUGGGCAUCUCCUCGCUGCCACUAAAAUCCACCAGCCCAGUAACCAAGGGGCUGGUGUUAAUCCAGACCCCCUCCCCAAGUGCUUCCGAGAUUAAAACCGCUUCAUCGGGAGGUAGUGUGUGUGCUUUUCCAGAACUGGGCUCCACGGUGGUGAUGGUGUUGGUGGUGGAGGUGGUAGUAGCAGACCCAGUGAAGACAGUUUCUUGCAAGCUCCAGCAAUUCAGCAGUUUCUCAUCUGCUGGGAACAUGGGUUCCCAUGUAGCAAGUCGUACGUCGUGCCCUGUACUCCUUAGCUAGUUAAACUCACGAGCUGUGUUUUACAACUAAUCCUUAAUAACUAUGGUAAUUAACUGUGACUGUGGGUUUUUUAAAAUCUGUCAUCCUCAUCCAGAAGUGACCAGCAUACCAGUUCUUGCAAUAAGCUAUUACCCUCAGAAUAUUAAGCACAUUCUUGUAGAAAAAAAGUUCGUGUAUGCAUAGAAAUGCUCACAUACGUACAUUCAUCCUCACGUGUGGUACCUAGGGUCUCAUUUGAUAUUGUGUAGGAAAUCCACAAGCUUUUCCUGAAGUCAUCUGUAAAAUAGUCUCAUCACUAAGGCAUCCCAGAUGCCACCUGGUGAAUCCAGGAUCAAAAUGCAUAUGUAUUGUUGAAUUAUAGGGUUUAGAACAAAAGGAACCCUUCUCUGUGUCUCAUGGUCCCACCCCCCAGCCUUGGCGUGAAUUCCUUUAAAAUAAGGGCAGGAAGACUUCUAACUUUCUCUUUGUUCUUCAUUCUGAAACUAAGAACAAGUCUUUCAAAGACAAAUGCAGCAUAUUUAAUAAUGUUUGUAAGCAAAUCUAAGUGAGAUGUUUGGCAAGAAAUCCCUUAACUGAUUUCCAUCCAAACCUACAUAUAUAGCACAAUAUUACGUGUCGUACAAUUACUGUGAGAACUGUGAAUACGUGUAACUUUUUUUAGUAUUUACCCUGGGGAGGGAAAGAUAUUGUAUUAUCAUAUAUGCUUUUUUUUUUGCAAUAAGGGUUUAUUCUCAGAACACCAAGUAAAUCUAUCUCUAUAUUAAAAAAUAUAUGUAAUAUAUACAUAUUCAAACUAUAUACAGAGCCUGUUUUAAAAAAAAUUACAGUAUUUAGUAAAAUGAUCUGUUCUAUGGACCAAAUGUAAAAUAUUUAUAAAUGAAGAUGCAUUUUAAAUGUCUAUAAAUGGUGUUAUAACUAGAGCACGGGCGUUAUGUACGUUUCUAAGAAUAUAGAGGAAAAAAUAAUAAAGGUUCUAUGAUA